CAUCCUGGCUUGAAUCAGCAUUCAUUCUUACAGUCCUUGAUUUACAGUGCUAUCCAAGAGCAGAUAACAAGGGCCUCGUUUAGGGUGAAAAAGUGAAUUGUAAACUUUAGUACAAGCAAACGGAUAGCCUUUAACCCAAUGUUUCCCAAAGGGAUGCUCAUCUUUGAUUAUUUCUUUGGCUCAGGAUUGCUAAAGGCUGUUGAGGUUUGACAAAAGGCAAGGCUGAGUUUGGGCAGCAGAUUACACUUAUCUCCUAGCAAUUAAUUAGCAAGGCAAGAAAGAAACCCAAGGCAAGGUGACGUCAAUACUAGCCCCUAUAAGAACCCAAAGAUUGGCUGUUGCAGGACAAUUGCUUUCUAUGACUUCUUGUUCUUGGUGCUCAGAUCAAGCUUCAGGUCAACAGAGAAACAAUGAUGGUUCUCUUCAUUCUCUUUUUUCUGAUACUGGCCUUCCUGUCCUUCCCUAGAAUGUCCAAGGUGAAGCUGAAAUGCAAGCGCAACUACCCCAAGAGCCUUCCCUCCUUGCCACUCAUUGGGAGCCUGUUACAUUUUGUGGGAGACACCAAGCCUCACCUUCUAUUCUGCAGACUGCAGCAGAGGUAUGGCAGCCUCUACUCUCUCUAUAUGGGCUCUGACUAUGUGGUGGUGGUGAACAGCUAUCUCCAUGCCAAAGAAGUUCUGCUUAAGAAAGGGAAGAUCUUUGCUGGAAGGCCUCGGACGGUAACCACAGACUUGCUAACAAGGAAUGGAAAAGACAUCGCCUUUGCAUCUUACAGCCCAUUUUGGAAAUAUCAGCGCAAAUUAGUGCACUCUGCACUUUGCAUGUUUGGGGAGGGCUCUCUAGCCCUGGAAAAGAUAAUCUGUCAAGAAGCAUCUUCUUUGUGUGAAACUCUGAGUGCUGCCCUGGAUUCACCUCUAGACAUGUCACCAGAACUGACACGUGCUGUGACUAAUGUGGUUUGCUCUCUUUGCUUUAACUCAUCUUAUCAGCGUGGAGACCCUGAGUUUGAGGCCAUGCUAAAAUAUAGCCAAGGCAUUGUGGACACUGUGGCCAAACAAGGCAUGGUGGAUAUCUUUCCUUGGCUUCAGUUCUUUCCCAAUAAAGAAUUAACUUUGCUGCGGAAGUGUGUGGAAAUGAGAGAUCAGCUUCUACAACAGAAGUUUGAAAAACAUAAAGAAGAGUUCAGCAAUGAUUCUGUCAGUGACCUGAUAGAUGCACUUCUGAGAGCCAAAUUGAACAUGGAGAAUAACAACAGCCAUAUAUUGUCUGGGCAGGGGCUGACAGAUGACUACCUGCUCAUGACGGUGGCUGACAUCUUUGGAGCAGGUGUGGAAACCACCACUACUGUGCUGAAAUGGACUGUCCUCUAUCUUCUGCACUAUCCAGAGGUACAGCAAAAGAUCCAAGAGGAACUAGAUCAGAAACUUGGCUUUAACAGGCAUCCCUUACUCAAAGACCGGCAACAUUUGCCUUACUUGGAGGCUACUAUCAGUGAAGUUCUGCGUAUCCGGCCUGUCUCUCCACUUCUUAUCCCACAUGAGGCCUUGCAAGAUACAAGCAUUGGUGAAUAUGACAUCCCAAAGGGAGCUCAAGUUGUGAUCAACCUGUGGUCCAUUCACCAUGAUGAGAAAGAGUGGGAGAAGCCAGAAGAAUUCAGUCCGGAUCGUUUCUUGGAUGAGGAUGGGAACCGAAUCUACACACCCUCACCCAGUUACCUCCCCUUUGGCGCUGGUGUUCGGGUUUGCUUAGGGGAAGCACUGGCCAAGAUGGAGCUCUUCCUCUUUAUGGCCUGGAUCUUGCAAAGAUUCACUCUGAGUGUCCCUGAAGGCCAGACACUGCCUGACCCAGAAGGCAAAUUUGGAGUUGUGCUCCAAGUACCAAAGUUCAAGGUGAAGGCUUCAUUGAGGAAAGCUUGGGAAAAAAAGUAAUAGAUCAUUUAUGUGAUUUGAUUUCAAGAAGCUGCCCAAAACAAAGAAAAAUCAAUUGGGUGACUGUUCAUUCGAACCAGUAAAGGUUUACUAGGGAUGUCUGUACAUAGGAGUCUGUGAGGAGGGAAAGAUGACUACCUAGUAUAAGAGACAAAGGCUAUUUUUUCAUAAAGUGCAGUAGACUCAUAGGAUCAGUUGUUUUAGAUCCUUUUUUGAAAAUCAACAUGAAAUGAAAUUGGGGGAGGAGAUCUUCUUGAAAUGCCCUUAUAAAGUAUGUUGGUCCUGCACCUCAAGAAACAAGUAAACAUACACAUUACACAGAAAAAUAUAACUAUAAUGCCACCCACCUAUUAUAUUACUUGAAAUGAGUUCAUUGUUAUGCUUUCAUUAUGUGUGCAUGUGCCUUCAUGUCGCCUGUUGACUUACAGCAACCCCAUGAAUUUCAUAGGGUUUUGUUGGGAAACGAAUACUUAGCAAUGGUUUUGCCAAUUCCUUCCUUUGAAAUAUAGCCUAUAUUCCCCCUAACCGAGCCUGACCCUGCUUAGCUUCAAAGAUCAGAUGGGGUCUGUUGCCUUCAUAGUAUUUAGGCCUCUGUGCCCUCAUUACCCCUCAAGUAAUUUUUCUGGGCUACAACUUCCAGAACUCCCCAUGCACUAUGGCCAGAUCUAUGGUCCAAAAAAGAAACAUUUCCAAGUUAGCUGAAGGAAGCUGACACAACUCAUGGCAUCUUAUGUCAACAGUCACAACAUCUGUUAAGAUCCUGAGUGCCUAUUUUUGCCCAGUAGAGCUGGAGGAAAAUGGAUUACGCUGUUUAUUUUCUCACAAUGUGUCUGCAAGACAGAGCUCUCAGUUUUCAUUAUAUUAACAAGUCCAUGUGAGAUCUUUUGAUUCUGUUGGUUUAUGCUGUUUUAAACUCAACAUUUGUGUUUUUAAUUAUGUAUUCUUUUAUUGUAAUUAUAUGUGUUUUGUUAGCUUCCUGAGUCCCAGAUUGAGAGAAAGGCGAGAUAUAAAGUGGUGGUGGUAAUGAUGAUGAUAGUCUAUCUUAUCAUCACCUGAACAUCCCCCAGCGAUGAUAAAGAUGAUGAUUAUGAUGAUGAUGAUAAUUCAUUUUAUCAUUACCUGUACAACCACAGCAGAGCACAGUGCAGUUGAUACUUAAGACUAUUCUUUUCAUUUAUGUAUAUUUUCUGUUCUUUGUGUAUAAAAAUAUUAAAAUAAAGUUUUUUUUUCAAUUUUAGCAAGAUCCUGCAAUUUUUUUAAAAAAAUACAUUUUACAAAACUAAUUUAAAGCAUUAUUUUUAGUUUAUCCUGCACUGCAAAAUGCUUGCAUAGAAGAAAGGUAGGCAGGAAAGUGGUCUGGAGGGGGAAAAAAUCUUACCAAUCUAAGAAUUCACAGCUGAAGAAAAUGUUCCUCAUUGCAUUCCUUUACAAGAAAGUCAAGAGUUCAGUAGGAUAUAACCAUAAUAUCACCUGUUAUCCAAAUAGUCAUAUGUAAGAUUCUGCUAGCAUAAUUAAACUAAUAUGA